UUCCCUGUCCCACUGCACCAAAAGCAAAAAGGCUGCUAAAGCUCAAGCCAUUUUCUACCCUUUCUUUUCUUCCGCUUUGCUUUUUCUCAGAAACCAAACACACAAGGAAGAAAACCCAGAAAGGAAGAGGAAAAAACAGAGAACUUUGAUUGGUUCUGCUCUGGGGAAAGUGGAAGUUUUUAAGACAAAAAAAAGGAGAGAUGGGUGAUAAAGAUGACGGUUUGGGGUUAAGUUUGAGCUUGGGAUGUGCUCAGAAUCAGCCCUCGUUGAAGCUAAAUCUCAUGCCUUUAGCUUUACCUUCCAUGCAAAAUCUUCAGCAGAGGAACAUUUGGAAUGAACUGUUUCAGUCUUCUGAUGGACAGUUGGAAACAAGAUCAGUUGCUGGUGGAAUUGAUGUGAACAAGGCACCGGCCUUGGCUGAAUGCGAGGAAGAUGGGGUUUCCUCGCCUAACAGCACCGUUUCAAGCAUAGGUGGGAAGAGAAACGGGAGAGACCCUGUGUGCGAUGAAACCGAGGCUGAGACACCGUCUUGCUCUCGUUCCAGUGACGAUGAAGAUGGCGGGGGUGCUGGUGACGAUGCCUCGAGGAAGAAGCUUAGGCUUUCAAAGGAACAGUAGUUGGUGCUUGAUGAAACCUUCAAGGAACAUAGCACCCUUAAUCCGAAGCAAAAGUUGGCACUGGCAAUGCAAUUGAAUCUGAGGCCUAGGCAAGUGGAGAUUUGGUUCCAGAACAGAAGAGCAAGGAAAAGGUUGAAGCAAACGGAAGUUGACUGUGAGUAUCUAAAAAGAUGUUGCGACAAUCUAACAGAGGAAAGCAGAAGGCUUCAGAAGGAAGUGCAAGAACUUCGAGCAUUAAAACUCUCCCCACAGCUAUACACCCACAUCAACCCUCCCACAACCCUCACCAUGUGCCCUUCUUGUGAACGUGUGGCCGUUGCUUCUUCUUCGUCCUCAUCCUUGGCUGCUUCCUCUGCCCCUAACUCAAAGCAUCAAAGGCCGGUACCCGCUAGUUCUUGGGCUGCAUUGCCAUUGCCUGUUACUCAUCGACCCUUAAAUGCCCCUGCUUCUAGACCAUAAUUCCAAUGGUUUUGGGAGCAUAUAACAAUCAAAAUAUCAAUUGUCGUGGUUAGGACGGAGUUAAGUCUGAUCAGAUUCCUGUUGUUUUCCAGAGAUCUGUCAAAGCGUUUCCCAACAAAGGAUAGCAUAGGAUGAAGGACAAAUCUAAAAAGGUGGGUUUGGACGGGAGAUAAUGCGCUUUUUAGCUUAUUUUUUGUGGUUAGGACGUCGUCCCAUCCUUUGACCCUAAAGGACCACCCUUUUUUCCCUCACGGAGCGACAAUGCAACGUCGGCCAAUUUGGUCAUUUAACUCAACGGCCAUGACAUAAUUACGAUGGUUAUUA